UUGAAGUCGACAGUUCGCGUUUAUCACUUGUCGCUGCUGGUCAUUUUAGAGAACGGAAAGUGCGCGGCCCUAGCCUAAUGAAAUAUCUAGCUUGAAAGAAUACAAAAACAAAAAAUAUCGUUUCUCUUAUAAAAAGAGUCUGUUCAACCAAACGGGCAUAGGCUUCGGUAUUUGAAUGAUUUAAGUUCAUCCAAUAACACCUUAUCAACGGCUGCCAUAAUUAAGCCCAAAUAAAGUGCUCAAGCUAUAGCCAAAAAAUAUAUUUAUGUAUAUACAUAUAUCAUCUCUUUUUUUUUUUGGCAAUUAUCAGUUUAGUUUCGGUUUAGGCACGUCUUGGACACAUCGUGUUCAGCUAGCCCAAAGAAAAGUGUAAAAUUACAAUGAAUAUUUAAGUAAAUUAUAUUCAUUUCUGAUUCUUCGAGUUGUAACAAAAGAUAUCGCUGUAAUAAUUGUGCACUCGAGUUUGUUGCGCGUUUUCGCGGUUUGUGUGUUUCGAGCAACUUCAAACAUUCUACAUCCAUGGCUGUACAGGUCAAUAAGCGUAGCUUAUUUUUCUUGCUACUUUUGGCAUUUGUCAUUUUUCUUGUGGUGCGCAAUUUGAAGGAAACCCAAAAAUUGGCAACAGCCUUGGAGAGGCACAAACUCGGCCAUCGAGUCCCGUCGGAGGCGGCCACCGUGGCUAAUCCGUUCAGACCGAGCACGGAGGAGCCUUUGUGGCUAUCGCCACGCACCCAGGAACUUCAAGAGCUGCUAAAGUGUCGCAAUCGCCGGCUGCGGCUACAGAAAGAACAACAUGGAAAAUAUUGGGUGGUCCAGAACCUGAUUAGCGGACGACUCAGUCGUCGCAUGGCCUGCGCCGAGUCCAUAACGUACACAACCAAUGGCGAUUAUACGUUCUUCGAUAAUCUCGAAACAAUUGCCGAUCGGUGGUUCGGCCCCAUUAGCUUUGCCAUACACACACCUGGCUAUGAUUUGAAUACCACACUAGAUGCUAUUCAGUACGUGAGAAACUGUUUGCCUGGCAGCCAGUUGAUCAGCGACUUUGUCAGCUUUCACGUUUACUUCUCCAAUGAGCACAUGCCCGAGUAUGUGCCGUUCGAUGAGGAGGAGGCCCUCAAUUGGCCCUACCAAUGCGUGGAUGAGAAUGGCACUCUGUUGGCACCGCCCUAUAUGCAGAACCGAAGGCCCAUGUACAAGGUGCAGGCCAAUCUGACGUAUCCCAUCAAUGUGGGCCGAAAUAUCGCUCGCAAGGCUGUCAAUACGCAUUUCAUAUUCGCCUGCGACAUCGAGCUCUUCCCCAGUUUGGGGCUGAUCGAACAGUUCUUGGACAUGGUGCAUCGCAAUAGAAGUGUCUUGGCCCUCAGUCCGAAUCAGCGGCCGAGAGUCUAUCCUUUGCCGGUCUUCGAGAUAGAGGAGAACGAGCAAGUGCCCAACGAUAAAUUGGAAUUGUUGGAUCUCCUGCAGAAGCGUCGCGCUCAGCUCUUCCAUGCGAAAGUCUGCGCAAGCUGCCACAAGGUGCCCGGCUACCAGAGAUGGAUCAAUCGAACGACUCCCAUCCCGGACGAACUGCAACUGUUCAGCAUGACCCUCAGGCAGGAUACUUUCCGCCACUGGGAGCCCUUCUACAUUAGCGACAACAAGGAGCCGGUCUUCGACGAACGCGUCACCUGGGAGGGACAGUCGAACAAGCGCAUUCAGGGCUAUGCAAUGUGCCUGCUAGGCUACGAGUAUCAUGUGCUGCAUCCCGCUUUCCUGGUCCACAGUCCUGGCAUAAAGAAUUCCACACGUAGUGCGGUGCGUGCCAAAUACGCCUCUGAAAUGACCAGGUUUAUUAAAACGAAAAUCGAGCCCGAGUAUCGAGUGCUCUACGGAAAAAACAAGAAAUGCAUAACGUGAUCUAAGUUUACAUAUCAAAUACUCUAAGCCAGUCAGACAGAUAGACGAUUGCCAUGCAAUCAAGUGAUAACAUUUAUUAAAUAUUUUUAACUAAUCUAAAACUUAAAAUAAGAAUUUAAUAACCAAAGAAACUGCCUUUAGCAAAAUAGCUGUGAGUCCUCGAAAGGCAAACUAAUUGUUAUAGAUGACAUUUUGGUAUGGCAACCAUCGCGUCAAUUUGUUCCAUCCAAAGGUAUGCAUUUAUAGUUUAAGUUUAAGGAAUUCUUUACUCUGUAAAUUUAUUCGUUGGUUAAGCUCGGGAGUGGUACUACAGGGAAAACAAUAUAUUCCUUUCAGUUUCGUGAAUGAAAAAAAAAAAAAAAUUAGAAAAGCAUUUAAAUUUUAAAUAUAUAUUAUUUUUUAUUAACAUUAAACGUUGUUGUUGGGAACCUAUUUAUAUAUAAACUUCUUUGCUCUUAUAUUACCUCAAUUAUAUCAUAAUUUAAUUUAGUAUUAAUAAUAUUUAAAAAAAAUAAAUAAAUAAAUA